GUCAUGAAUUUAAUUUUGGCUAUAUUAUGCUUAGUUGUGCUGGCAACUUAUUAUCUGUGGUCGCGUCGUGACUUUUAUAAGUUUUUUGCGAAAUUUCCAGGUCCUCUAGGGUAUCCCCUAAUCGGAAUAGCGCACAAGAUGCGGCAUAAGGAAGAUUUGCUUAGCCUGUUUGGUUCUUAUAUCAAGGAUUAUGGCACUACUUUGGUCACUUGGCUGGGCCCAUUGCCAUUGCUAAUUGUCAGCGAUCCUCAAGUGACGCAGGAUAUACUAAAUUCUCCGCAUUGUGUGAACAAAAGUUUAAUGUAUAAGAUAUUCGACGAUGCUGGGGGCAAGGGCUUAUUAAGCUUGGAAGAUCCGGUUUGGACUGAACAUAGAAAAAUGUUAAAUCCCGCAUUUGGUCACAAGGUUUUGCUGAGUUUUUUUCCCAUUUUCAAUGACGAGACGGCAAUAUUAUUAAAAGAGUUUGAUAAAAUGGCCGAUGGCAGGGAGACUGAUAUACUGCCUUGUCUACAGCAUUUUACAUUAAGCAUAGCUACGCAAACCACAAUGGGCACUUGUGUUAAGGAAGAGCCAAGCUUUAAGAACAGUUCCCUUAUAGCACAUGUUGAAUGGCUCCAGGAAUGCGUGGCAGACUUUGUCUUAUCCCCAUGGUUCAAUUUUCGAAUAAUACGUCAACUUCUGGGCAGAGAGGAGCAUUAUUUCAGAUCAAAAACACAAAUAAGAUCGUUUAUCAGAAAGCUGGUGGAUAAGAAGCUCUCUCGGGACAUCCAGGACAAGACAACGGGCAACAAGAAUUUUUUUCUCAAUUUGGCAGUUGAGCAUCUCAAACGAGGCAGCUUUGACAGAGAGAAUGUUGAAAAUGAGUCCAUUAUAAUAGUGUUGGGUGCCUUUGAGACAUCUUCCAAGACGCUGGCUAAUACGCUCAUGCUGCUGGCCAUGUUUCCCGAGUACCAGGAAAAGGCAUUUGAUGAAAUCCUUGCGUUGUUUCCCAAUGCGGGCGAUUUUUCAGUUAGUUACGAGGAUACCCAACAAAUGGUUUAUAUGGAUCUCGUUUUGCGGGAGUGCAUGCGCCUCAUAGCGCCUGUUCCGGUUGUGGUCAGGCAAGCAUCGAAGGAUGUGCGGCUAUCAAAUGGCGUUUGUAUGCCCAAGGGCACGCAAAUUCUGAUUGACAUAUUUCACAUGCACCGCAGCAAGGAUAUAUGGGGACCAGAGGCAGAUUCAUUUAAUCCGGACCACUUUCUGCCACACAACUUUCAGGAAAAGCAUCCGUAUGCGUAUAUACCUUUCACGAAGGGUUUGCGCAACUGCAUAGGCUGGCGUUAUGGCAUUUUAUCUAUGAAAGUUACGUUGGCCAAAUUAGUGAGAAAUUACAAAUUUAGCACAAGUUUUAAUUAUAAACAUCUACAAUUUAUUGAUAAUAUCACCAUUAAACUGGCAACUACACCGCUCUUGAAGCUAGAACGUAGAAUUUAA